AAUGAUAGUAGACCAGUGUGAGGAGAUCAAUGCCUGGUCGUGUCUUCCUGUGACAUCUACGAGCUGUCAGCGAGUCUACAGUGAGUUCAGGAAUCCGAGGCAGCAUGGCCGGAACCUACAAGGUCGUGAUGGUCGGUUGGGGGGGAGUAGGAAAAUCGGCACUAACUCUCCAGUACAUGUACGGUGAUUUCGACGAAGUCUACGAGCCCACCAAGGUCGCAUCUUACAAGAAGAAGACGGUACUCGACGGCGAGGAGAUGGAAAUCGAUAUUCUUGACACAGCAGGUCAAGAAGACUACGCCGCUGUGAGAGACAGCUACUUCCGAUCUGGCGAUGGUUUCCUCCUCGUGUUCUCGAUCACCGAGGCCGAUACUCUCGAUAGAAUCAGUGAAUUCCGAGACCACAUUUUACGCGUCAAGGACUCGGAUCAGGUUCCGAUGGUUCUAGUGGGCAAUAAGCUCGAUAUGGAGUCGCAGAGAGAGGUCGAUAUCGAAAGAGCCCAAGCCGUAGCGGAAUCUUUCAGAGUCAAAUACGUCGAGUGUUCCGCCAAAACUGAAGACAAUGUUCAAGAGGCCUUCAGCACGGUGCUCCGGCUGAUUCAUCAGCGAAAGAAAGCCGCUCUCAUGGAGGCAAGAUCUCACAAUAAAACCGAAAGUGAAGGCUGUUGCGUAGUAAUGUAGAGAAUCGAUUGCAACCUCUUGCGAGGUGAAGAUGCCGAUGAGGGAAUAAAUCCCCCCUUGGUUCUCA